CAGUAUCUUCGUCCAAUUGUCCACAAAUUCAUUCUAGAAUUCGCUGUCGGUCUGUUGCCAGAUAUCUCCACCCACGAUGAGAGACCCCGCAACCACUCCACUUCCGCCCUCGGUGUUUAUGCUUCCUAUAUCAGCCUCAGCUCCUACGCAAACUUCAGUCCCACCGCCUUCCAAAGAGUCCGCAACUCCGAAGAGCGAAACAACUACCACCAAGCCCUCAAAGCCAACAUUCCCCUUACCGAAACUUCGCCUCGAAGUCCGCGACCUCAAUCAUGAUGGUACAGAGACAUUUCUCUCCUCAGUUAUAGCCAGCAAGGCCCUUGCAACCGCCGUCCAAAGCGUCCUCUCCCUCCUCUACGAAUCCCCCGCCUCACAAACUACCACCGUUCCUCCGACCCGCUCAGUAACUCUCAUCCUUCGGUCUAUGCCCGGGGUAGCCUACACAACAGGCAGCGAGCUCGAUUCUGACCACAAAGAGAUCCACUUCUCACUCGACUACAUCCACAAUGCCAUCCCUCCCUCCCGAACCACUGCCGAGAUCAUGGGCGUUCUGACGCACGAAAUGGUGCAUUGUUACCAAUAUAACGCCUUCGGUACCUGUCCAAGGGGGCUUAUUGAAGGGAUUGCAGAUUGGGUGCGACUGAACUCAAACUUGAGUCCUCCACAUUGGAAAAAGGAGGCGAGUGAAAAGUGGGAUGCCGGAUAUCAGCAUACAGGGUAUUUUCUAGAGUACUUGGAGACGAGGUUUGGCGAGGGACUGGUGCGGAGGCUGAAUGAGAAAUUGAGGAUUGAGAGAUACGAGGAGGAGAGAUUCUGGAUGGAGCUUUGUGGGAGGCCGGUAGAGCAGCUCUGGGAAGAUUAUCAAGAGUGUCUUGAGAAGGGGACUAAGAAGGCGGAGGAUGAGGAGGGCAUACUUGUGGAGAAUGAGGAUGCUACUACGCCAAGGAAAGGAGAGUUUGUGGACUAUAAGAAAAAG